AUGGCUGCACUGUGCAGUAACCGCGCCGAGGGCUUCGGCCCCAUCUCACAACUAAGCAGCCCGCUCCCAACACAAUGCUUCUUCGACACAGUGCUCGUGCCUGUGCCGACGUGGCUCUACCUCAUCAGCCUGCCGAUUCUCUUCCUCCUCACGCCCAAGCGCAGCCGCAGCCCAAAGCGACUGCCGCACGCCUCGCUCUCCUCGGCCUGGCGCGCCAAGUGGAAGCGCAUCCUGCUGGUCGCCGCGUACUACUUCGUCAUCGCCGUGCUGAUCCUCAUGGAGACGGUCGAGGUCGUGCAGCUCGCCAAGGCGGGCCUGGGCGUCGGGCUCAUCCCGUUCGCCUACGCGGGCUUCCUGGCGGCCAUCGUGCUCCAGGCGACGGACGGCGGGUUCAGGAGGAUACGGGGCUACUGGGCCGCCAGCACCGCCUUCUGGGUCGCGGGGGCGGCGAUCACGGCGCUGAAGAUCGUCGGGGUGCUGGGGCUGGGGCUGGAGGGCCGCUUCGCGAGGGAGGGCACGCCGUAUGCGACCGUGCAUCAGUUUACGGACCUCGUGAUCCUGGGCGCGUUCUACGUCCUGGCGAUUGUCGGGGAGAUGGGCAUCAUGGUGGUGCGGAGGAAGGGCAGGCAUCUAGAACGAGAGGAUGAUGCGGUGGAGCUGAGGAGUGAGUUUGACUGGAAGUGA